GGGAAUAGAAGAAGUUUGUUGAAAAGAUAAAUAUUUCAACAAAUUAUCAAUUUUGUGUUUUUAAGCAGUUAAAUAAACUUAAUGGCGCUCAGAUUGCUGCAGACAUCAAGGUAUCUGUCACGAGCCUUCCAAAACCUUACGAUUUGUUCAACAUCAACGAGUGUUUUAAACAGAAAUCAUGAUUUAAACCUAAAUUUUUCACGCAACACAAGUUUCUUCGUAAAAUUGCCGGCUACUGAAUUAUGGAAAGGAGUAACAUCAGUAUCAAAUGCUGGAAAGAAAAGAGGAAGAGCGAAAGGAUUAAUUAGAAGAAAGGAUUUAAAUCGGGGACAAGUUAUUGGUUUAGGAAAGGCAAAUAUUCAAUGGCCUGGACUUUCAGCUCCUAUAAUUCGUGGACGAGAGUUGGUGCAACGAAAUCAACUUCCAGCUGAUCCAGAUCGUGAAGCAAAGAUUUUAAAACUUCGUGAUGCUAUGGCAAGUAAAAAGUUCCAGAAAAUAAGCACCUUAGAUCGUGGAUGGUCAGGAAACAAGAUGCCAGGAAGAAGUAUUGGUGCGCCAGAUCAAAUUGCUGAAGAUAGUUUUGAAGGAUUCGAUACAAAAGUCAUAGAAUUUAAGCAAGUUUUCAAUAUGAAAGGUAAUUUGGGAAGAAAAAGACGUCUUUCAGCAUUUGUUGUAACUGGAAAUAAGAAUGGACUAGCUGGAUUUGCUAGUGCCAAAGCUGUCGAUGGAAGAGCAGUGUUGAGAAAGGCUAAAAAUCGCGCAGCACAGAAAUUAAUGCAUAUAGAAUUAUGUGAUGGUCAUACUGUCUUUCAUGAUUAUGCCUGUUCCUUUGGGUUAACAAAAAUAUUCGUACAGAAGAAGCCUGAAGGUCAUGGAUUAAUCUGUCAUCGUGCUAUCAAAGAAAUAUGUCAAUUAGUUGGCAUUAAAAACCUUUAUGCAAAAGUUGAAGGAUCAAAAGGUGUACAGCAUAUUGUAAAAGCAUUCUUCUUAGGAUUAUUAGCACAGAAAAAGUAUGAUGAUAUAGCAGAAGCAAAAGGUCUUAAUCUUGUUGAAUAUAGACCAGAAUUUGGAAACUUCCCAAAAGUUGUUGGAACUCCGAAAGUCUGUAGAGAGCAAAGCGAUAUCAGAUAUGAUGAAAUUAUGGAUUACAAUACGUUUGCAAUGGACGGAAAGGUCGUUUUAAAGAAGAAAAAGUUCCCUCCAUUUUAUGCUAAUAGUUAUGGAUAUCAUAUUCACUUGAAAAAGCUCGAAGGACGUAGAAAUCACAAAAAGAUCAAGUUUGAUAUGUUGUGUGAACAUGGUGAAAUUAAAAGCUAUUUAACAGAUAAGUAUCCAGACGCACGUCCAAUGGGUUACAUUUUAAGGAAUAUGUACUUGAAAAAGAAAAGUGAGGAAGGACAGGAUGAGGCACCAGAAGUUGAAGUUGAAGUCGAACAGUAGAAAUAACAAUUUAUUCUUUGUAAAAUACAAUAAUACAAUAGAUUUAAUAAAAUUACCUG